GUAGCCUCACCAUCAAACGCUAAUCACCAGGAAGGUGAGUUUGUCAUAACGGGUUGGACAGUGGAGAGGUGCUCUAGGCUAACUUUGACCAUGGCCGUAAUGCUUCACCCAGGGUACCCACUCAGGGACUCACUCUACUGGGAUGAAACAGAGUGCCUCAACUACUAUGGGAUGCUGUCUCUCCAUGAGGUCUUUGAAAUAGUUGGUUCCCAGCUCACAGAGACUGACAUUGAGGUACUCUCUUUUCUUCUAAAUGAAACCUCCUCUGCAGCACACCCACUUGAUCCAGCAGGCUGGACAGUUAAACCCAGUGAAGGCGAAGCAGUUGACUCAGGGGUGUCUCCGAGUCCCGAGCUGCUAAAAGCCUGGAGGCGGUUACAGCCCCAGGGCUCCCAGCAUCCCUUGGUGGCCUCAUAUAUGCCCAAGAGUGGCCUUGAGCUGUUGCUGGAGCUGGAGAGGCGAGGAUACCUUAGUGAUGGUAAACUGGAGCCCCUACUGCAACUACUGAGAGUACUCACCCGUCAUGACCUGCUGCCUUUAGUGUCCCACAAGAAAAGGAGAACAGUAUCUCCAGAAAGAAUUGGACAGAGGUAUGGCAUAGAGGACAGAGAAUUGGUGUGCCCCUCUGGAAUGCGACACAGCUCCAGACAGGCAGAAAUACCUCUUCCAUCCUUCACACAGCAAUUAAGAACAGGUAUUUACCCUCCAAUGCCUGGGUCACCCCCCAGGAGGAGGAGGAAGAAGAGGGGACAUGGCUGGAGCCGCAAACCUAGGAAACCAAGCAGGCAGGUCCAGCCACUGCCACCACCAGUGCCACCACACAAAGUAUCCUGCGAUAUCCGCCUGCGUGUCCGGGCCGAAUACCUGGAGCAUGAGUCAGCACUCCGCAACGGUGUCUCCUCGGACAAGCAGCAGCCCCUGGAGCGGCAGUUUGAGUUAUUUAGCCAAGCCAACUCACUGCUGCGUGCCAGAGAUCUAGGCUCCAUCGUUUGCGACAUCAAGUUCACAGAGCUGGACAACCUCGAGGCCUUCUGGGGAGACUACCUGAGUGGAGCUCUGCUCGAGGCCCUGAAGGGAGUCUUCAUCACUGACUCCCUGAGAAUGGCAGCAGGCACGGAGGGUAUCCGCCUCCUGAUCAGUGUGGACCAGGAUGACUACGAGGAGGGUCGAAAGAUUCUGAGAGCUCGGAGAAUGCUGAUAUCCUGUUGACAAUAAUGGUGGGCACAUAGACACUUACUGAGCUAUAUAGGCUGAUAUGCCAUUGAAAGUUAUGGUUACAGUUGACUUUGGAAGCAUUUUAAGGCCUCUUAUUGUAAUUGCAAUUCAUGUAAUAACCACUAGAUAGCAGCACCUACCAUUGGUUGUUUGUGUUCAUAACAGGCCUUAAUACUUUCAAAACAUCCAUCUUUAGUUGAAACAUUCACAUUAUUUGUGAAUGAAAAAUGAAUAAUAAUGAAUAAAUGUGCUUUCCCUUUGGAUUCAUGCACAGGUGCUAUUUUAUAGGACGCCAUGAUGAAACAGGAUAUACCAAGAUAAUUUGUCUUAGUCUCACUGAGAGCAGCACCAAUCCUGUGACACAAGAUUAAGUGAUAAGCCCCUCAUGACAUCAAUCUUAAAACAAUUAGGUUAAGACAACUUGGCUUCCACAAAUGAUGCACAUGCUUGUGGCAAAGGUUUAGACUAUACACAAACAGAUUUCAUGAGCUACAAUUAUACCAAACUAACAAACAUUUGAUGCCGGGGCUCUUGAAAUUCUCAAAUACAAGCCGACUAUUAUACCGAAUAAAUCAAGCUUCUUUGUGAGACAGUUGCUUUGUUUUCAUCGAAAUGUACUUGGAAGACUAAUGUUAAGUGCCAUUUAUUCAUAUUAAAGCUAAUUAAAGGGACAGCCAAGAAAAGUUGUUCACCUUUUCAAAAUUCGGGAGACAACUGAGCACAGAUUCUAAAGUGAGCUUCCUUCAGUGUAGAUUGACCUUUGUGUCCAACUUUGGAGAGCCUAGUCCACGCACACACACCUAGAUAACAAACACUCGGAUUCUCAGCCCUGUGUACCACGAUAACCCAAGUUGUGAUUGCCAUGGUCAGUGGAUACGGCAGUUGCCAGUAGAUGACAGCAGUGAUUAGGGCUAGGCCUCAGCAGACCAUGGAAGAUUCAUCAUCACAAGCUUGUCAACAGCAGCCAGGAUAAUGCAAUGGCGGCUCGUGUCCGGGCUUCCAGCUAGGCCCCAGCAAGUGCUUCUCUCAGCAAGUAAAGCACAGGACAGUGCGUCGGUCAAUAGAAGUGAUGUUGGGGAGAUCAAAAUCAAAAGUGCACAUCCCAGCUCCACUCAGCCCUGCUAUGUAGGUCCAGUAGAGUGGCUCACGGACAGCUGUCUACCCACCCUGCUGGAACUAAUGCCUGGACUUCACUCAUAGAAGACGAUCAAUAAGGGCCCUCACUCUAAGUCCCUUCAUACAGGCACGACUUAAGCAGGCAGACUUGCUACUGUCUGAAGUGCUGGUCUCUGCAGGGCCAGACAGGAGGAGGAACUAUAGACAUAUUCCAUCUUUCCUUGUGUGUGUUUUUGGUAAAUGAAUUUAUUAAUAUGUCUUUGUAUUGUUUAUAGAUGUUUAAAAAAAACUCAUUCAGGGGAUUUUUUUUUGUUAAAGAAAUUUUGCUUUUGGUAUGGCAAUUUUUUUGUGGAAAUCUUUAUAAAUUAAAAAU